AUGGAGGAGUCGCGGCGCCGGGCGCUGCGGCGCUGCCGCGUGCGGCUCGUGGCGGCGCUGCGCGUGGCGCCGCUCUGGGCGCCGCUCGAGGCGCGCGGCGUCUUCACGCGCGCCAUGAUCGAGGAGCUGCAGGUGCGGGCGGGCGCCGGCAGCCGCGGGGACCAGGCGCGGCAGCUGCUCAUCGACCUGGAGACGCGCGGCCGGCUCGCCUUCCCCGCCUUCCUGGCCGCGCUGCGCGACACAGACCAGGCCGAGCUGGCCGAGCUGCUGAGCCGCGCGUGCGACGCCUCGCCGACACCGGUACCGACACCACCACCACUGGUACCGACACCACCACCGGCGCCGGUACCGACACCACGCGUGUGGAGCCCGCACAGCGGCCGCAGCCCCGUGCAGGAGGCGAGCAGCAAGUGGCCAGCGGCACCCACAGGUUCAGCUUUUAACAGCAUGGAGAGGAACACUGAUCUGGUUUAUGACCUGAAAGCAGAUCCUUGUGGAUACUGUCUGAUUCUCAACAACGUCAACUUCAGUGAAGACUCGGAGCUUUCGACUCGAGCCGGCUCAAACAUAGACUGUGAGAAGCUAGAGAGGCGCUUCAAGUCGUUGCACUUCGAUGUCAUGACUCGGCAGGAUCUUGUAGCUCAGGAAAUAGUUCGGGAGCUGCAGAAGCUGGCGAGGUUGGACCACAGCACCCGGGACUGCUGCCUCGUAGUGAUCCUUUCCCAUGGCUGUCAGACAAGUCAUAUUCAGUUUCCUGGAGGGAUUUAUGGAACAGAUGGAAAAGCCAUUCCAAUUGAAAAGAUCGUGAGCUAUUUCAAUGGGUCCAAUUGCCCAAGUUUGAGAGGAAAACCCAAACUCUUCUUCAUCCAGGCCUGUGGUGGAGAGCAAAAAGAUCAAGGCUUUGAAGUGGAAACUAAUUCACCUGGAGAUGACGCUCGUAGAUUUUCUGUAGAGUCUGAUGCAACUCCUUUUGAAGCUCCGUCGGGUGCUCCAGACGAGCUGGACGCCGUAGCCAGUUUGCCCACACCAAGUGACAUCUUGGUGUCCUACUCAACUUUUCCAGGCUUUGUCUCCUGGAGAGAUAAAUCGAGUGGCUCAUGGUACGUGGAAACACUGGACAAUGUCCUGGAGCAAUACGCCCAUUCCGAAGACCUGCUGAACAUGUUACUGCGAGUGGCCCACGCCGUUUCGGCCAAGGGCAGGUACAAGCAGAUCCCCGGCUGCUUCAACUUCCUCCGUAAAAAAUUCUUCUUCAUGUGCAAGUGACUUUGGGGUGCCGAGGUCCCCGCCGACUUCUCCCAGAUGAAGCUCGUGCCUGCUGUAACCUGGAAUCAUCGCUUCCAGCCACCUCGCUCCACGGAGACGCU